GGCCAUAAUCAUGUAGGCUGCGUUCAGGCAGGAGCCGGCCUCAUCCUCACACUGAUCUCAGACCGCAUGGGGAGCAGGGAUGGCCGGGGGACGCAGAGGACUGGUGGCCCCUCAGAACACUUUUCUGGAAAACAUAGUCCGCCGCUCUAAUGUUUGGACAUUUUCUCAUAGACAGACAGACACCAAUUUUGUUUUGGGGAAUGCCCAGAUACUGGAUUGGCCUAUUGUCUACAGUAAUGAUGGAUUCUGCAAGCUGUCUGGAUACCAUCGAGCUGAAGUCAUGCAGAAGAGCAGCACAUGCAGCUUCAUGUACGGGGAACUCACUGACAAAGAAACCUGCGAGAAAGUCCGACAGACCUUUGAGAACUACGAGAUGAACUCCUUUGAAAUACUCAUGUACAAGAAGAACAGGAUGCCAGUGUGGUUCUUCGUCAAAAUUGCUCCCAUCCGAAACGAACAGGACAAAGUUGUCCUUUUCCUCUGUACCUUCAGUGAUAUCACUGCAUUCAAGCAGCCUAUUGAAGACGACUCGUCUAAAGGCUGGGGUAAGUUUGCCCGUCUGACACGGGCGUUGACGAGCAGCCGUGGAGUUUUACAGCAGCUGGCUCCGACUGUGCACAAAGGCGAGAGCGUCCACAAGCAGUCCCGUCUGGCCGAGGUAUUGCAGCUAGGCUCUGAAAUCCUCCCGCAGUACAAGCAAGAGGCUCCGAAAACACCUCCUCACAUCAUCCUGCACUACUGCACCUUCAAAACUACCUGGGACUGGGUGAUUCUCAUCCUCACCUUCUACACGGCCAUCAUGGUCCCCUACAACGUGUCCUUCAAGACCAAGCAAAACAACGUCACCUGGCUGGUGGUGGACAGCAUUGUGGAUGUGAUUUUCCUGGUGGACAUUGUGCUCAACUUCCACACCACUUUUGUUGGACCUGCUGGGGAAGUGAUUUCAGACCCAAAGCUCAUCCGGAUGAACUACGUGAAGACCUGGUUCGUCAUUGACCUCCUCUCCUGUCUUCCUUAUGACGUCAUUAACGCCUUCGAGAACGUUGACGAGGGCAUCAGCAGCCUCUUCAGCUCUCUGAAGGUGGUGCGUUUGUUGCGUCUCGGCCGCGUGGCCCGCAAGCUGGAUCAUUACAUUGAAUACGGUGCGGCGGUGCUGGUGUUGCUGGUUUGUGUGUUUGGCCUGGCCGCCCACUGGCUGGCCUGCAUCUGGUACAGCAUUGGAGACUAUGAGGUCAUAGAUGAAGACAGAAACUUGCUCCGAAGGAACAGCUGGCUGUAUCUUCUGGGAGAAGCCGCCGGCACACCGUAUCACUUCAAUGUCAGCGGCACCGAAAAGUGGGAAGGGGGUCCCAGCAAAAACUCCGUCUACAUCACGUCAUUGUACUUCACCAUGACCAGCCUGACCAGUAUCGGCUUCGGGAACAUCGCUCCCACCACAGAUGCAGAGAAGAUCUUCGCCGUGGCCAUGAUGAUGAUUGGCUCUCUCCUUUAUGCCACCAUCUUUGGUAAUGUAACCACCAUCUUCCAGCAAAUGUACGCCAACACCAACCGCUACCACGAGAUGUUAAACAGCGUGAGAGACUUCCUGAAGCUCUACCAGGUUCCUCAGGGCCUCAGCGAGAGGGUCAUGGACUAUAUCGUCUCUACGUGGUCCAUGUCCAGAGGAAUUGACACAGAUAAGGUGUUGCAAAUUUGCCCGAAAGACAUGCGAGCGGACAUCUGCGUUCAUCUCAACAGGAAAGUGUUCAAAGAGCACCCGGCUUUCAGACUGGCCAGCGAUGGGUGUUUGAGAGCGCUUGCCAUGGAGUUUCAGACCAUCCACUGCGCCCCGGGAGACCUCAUCUACCACGCAGGCGAAAGCGUGGACAGCCUCUGCUUCGUGGUGUCAGGGUCUUUGGAGGUCAUCCAAGACGAUGAAGUUGUUGCUAUUUUGGGAAAGGGGGAUGUGUUCGGAGAUGUGUUCUGGAAAGAGGUGAAUUUAGCUCAGGCCUGUGCAAACGUCCGUGCGUUGACCUACUGCGAUCUUCACAUCAUCAAACGAGACGCCUUACAGAAGGUUCUGGAGUUCUACACAGCCUUCGCCGGACACUUCUCACGAAACCUGGUGCUCACCUACAACCUGAGGAAAAGGAUCAUCUUCCGUAAAAUAAGUGACGUCAAACGGGAGGAAGAGGAGAUGCUGCGACGGAAGAAUGAAGCGCCUCUGAAUCUUCCUCCAGAUCACCCGGUGCGGCGUCUCUUCCAGCGGUUCCGUCAGCAGAAAGAGGCCCGUCUGGCAGCGGAGCGAGCGAGUCUAGGAGAACCGGACGUGGAGCGGGGCAGAACGGAGAGCGUGGUACACGAGAGCACUGCAACCACCAGCUUCGUCACAGUCACUGAAAUCCCAGCCACUCCCAUCACCUCUGUGUCCUCCUCCUCAUCAUCCAGAACGUCAUGUCAAGCCAAACUCUGCACUCCUGUGGCCUCUAAUGGAACCUGUACAGGAUCCAAGUCAGCAGAACCUCCCAAAAACAAAGGCUGGGGUCGAUUUAAAGAAGCCACAUCCAAAUCUGACCUCUCCUGGUGUUCUGUGUCCAAAGCUGAGUCCAUGGAGAUGCUUCCAGACAGGACUAAGUGGGACUCGUGGGACAGUGGCAUUACCAAGAGUGACGGGAGCGCUCGAACCCCUCAGGAUCGGAGCCCCUUGCAGGCCGAGGGCAAGCGAGCCAUUUGCCCCAUCCCAGAGCAGAGUCUCCAAGCCUGCUUCAUGGAACUGAAGCAGGAGCUGCGAGGAGACAUCCACUCCCUCAGCAGCAGAAUGAGCGCCCUUGAAGGCCAGCUCGCUGAGAUGCUCCAGCUUCUCAAAGACAGAAAGACCUCAGGAUCUUCAAACCGGUUUGACAUAUCAAGACCAGAUUCUCCAGAUUCAGAAAAAGAUGACAACAUGUUCUCCUAACUGGGUUUCAUAUCUGAUGCGGUGGGCUGAAGGGAGCACGGUUCGGUCCUGUCCUAACAAUAAAGGUUCUUAACUGGGAUCAGUGGUACCAUGAAAAACCUUCAAAGGUAUAGUUCACCCAAAAAUGUAAUCUUUAAUCUCAGGCUGUCUAAAAUAUAUGUAGAUUAGUUUAUUUAGAUGAGUUUAGCAUUACAUCACAUCAUUCACUGGUAAUCCUGAAUUUCUCCAAAUCUUUUUAACAUCCAUGGAUGCAUUCAUUGCACAAUAGGAUCUAUCUAGUGGAAAAACACUUAGAUGAUUAAAAUCUUAUUCACACCAAGAAAAAAUGGUUCUUUAAGAACUGUUCACUUGGGGAACCAGAAAUCCAUUUUGGAACCAUCAUUUUUAGAAUGAUACGGUGCAACGGCGCUUAUUUUUUCAAAUUCUGUUGCCUUCAGUGGAAUGAGAAUUACACAUUUUAAUAAUCAACACAUCAAUAUAUGGAUAUAUGGAACGUAUUAUGGAAUAUGUCACUAGAAUGGAUAUCAAUUGUCAAUUUUUUUAUUGUACAAUGGUUGACAUUUUUUGUAUGGUCAUUUAAGUCAACUGUCCUCUCCUGUUUUUACUGUUAAAUCAUGUCGAUAAAUUGUAAACCAGUCAAGCAAAAUAUGACAAUUUAUGUAUAAUUUCCUCUGCUCUUGUUUUAUAGCUUGCACAUGCCCAUACUUUUCAAGCCACAUUUCAAAAGUCUUCAAAAAUUAUCAGCCUGAUUAUUGUUUGUUUAAGACUGAGAAAAUGUACUACAGUAUAUGAUGAAUAUGUAUAUUUUUUUCACAUAGCAUUAUACUAUAAAAUACUGUAGCCUGUUUAUGUGAAUAAAUGCCGUGCUCUUAUUGAUGUGACAAUAUGCAAUAUAGCAAUAGUGACAAAUGCAAAAGAACCAAAAUUCCCCUGUCUGUGUAUCCUUUGUGGAUGCUAAAUACAUUGCGCUUUUUUAUUAUUAUUACAGCUUCAUAACUCUGUCUCUUUUAUUUAAAUCAUAUUUAAAAAACACACUUAGAGGAAUUAGUUAAGGGAAAGUGUUAUGCUAUAUUUGGGAAUAAUAAAAAGUGUAUUAUGUACUGUAUGUACCAUUUUUUUUUUAUCAGAUGUACAAUGUUAACAAGUGAGGUGGUUGAUAAGCAAUAAUAAUAAGUGUUUAAGUGUAUAAAUGAGGCAUAUGCCAGUCAUUGUCUGGAGUAAUAUGAGAACAAAUGAAGCAUGAAAUAAGGAGCAGCAGUGUUAUUUAGCAUGUGAUUUUUGGCAUUAUUGCCAAAAAAUGUACUCUUUUAUAAAGUGUUAAGUCCAUUUUUUUUUGUUAAUGUAAUUUCCAAGAAACUGUAGGAGAAAGGUACAUCAUCGUGUCCAGUGUUAAAUGCUUGUUUUGAAAAAUUUGCACUGCACAACUUUAAUGUUUGAUUCAUUGUAUAUCCUGUAUGCAGAAUGAAUCAGUGUGUACACUGUGAAACUGACUCGAUGGGACUUACUGAUUGUACUUUUAUUUUUACUCAGAUUUUAGUCUGAAGAUAAUCAGAAAAACUGAACUGCAAAACAUUUUAAAGUGGACAGCAGGUGUCUUAGCUUCAAAUUAGCUAUUAACAAUUACUGUACUUUUUUUCAAGAUCCAAGUGUAGCUAAAUUAGUGGACAUACUUGAUUAUUAAAGUAUGAUGGUUCUAAAUGGAAAAUCUAGUACGGCUACUUUGGGAAUGAACACACACACACACACACACACACACACACAGUUCUUCAUGUAAAAUCACUCAUGUCAGGUCAUGAGACUUAACGCCAAGGUUAGGUCUCAUUUUUCUUAUUUUAAAAGGAAUAUAAAGUAUAGUAUUUGUACUUAUUUUUAUUUUUUUAUCAUGUCCUGUUGAUCUAUAUAAAUGAAUAACAUGAAAGCACAAGAAAUUCAACUGUCGAUUCAAAUGUGUCAAAUGUUUAUAAAAAAUCAUUUAUACUUUGCAUUGCAUAUUAUUCAUAUUCAUAUCUUUAAAUUCUAAAUGUUCUAUUCAUAUCUUUAAAUUCUAAACAUGCUAAAAUCAAUUUUAUAGUAUUUUUGUGAUACAGUGUUGUUGAAACAAUUCUUUUUUAAAUAAGUAUCUUCUGCACAUCAAUUGCUGCAUUUGUGUGAUUAAAAAUAAUUUAACUGUUUUCUCUUUGAAUGUCUGUUAAAAUGAAAUGUAUUCCUGAAAUUUCAGCAUCAUUCCUCCAGUCUUCAGUGUCACAUGAUCCUUCACAAAUCAUUCUAAUAUACUAAUUUGCUGCUCAAGA